UGACUCUGGACCUGUAUAAGUUAUUUCUACAAAGAAAUAGAAAAACAAAAUGUCGCUUUCAUUUUGCCUCAUGCAGCUCAAAGAACAAGAGCAAUCCAACCUGGUCAUAAUCAAAGAAGAGUGUUUUGAGGUGGACACUUACCCCAGUUAUACAGGGAAAACACCGCUAGCUUCAAGAGGACAGCCAACAUCUUCUGUAUAUGAGCCUCUGGCACACUUAAAAAGUUUUGAUAGCCACUUUGAGUCUGGUGAAUUUUCAGAGCUAUCGGAAACACAAAACACAUCCUCUGAUUCAUCAGACAAACACUCUAGGAAAAACUAUAUUGAUAAUGCUGUCGACCAGUUAAUAGCACCAAUAGAGGAUCCAUUGGAAUUUGAUGGUCACUCUAUACUCAACCAAUUUUCAGUAGAACAUAAUAGUGAGUUUUCCUCUGAGAUUCAGGAGGAUGAAGAAGCACAGGAAAUACAUGAGGAUGCCGCAACCAUGACAGAACAUUGCCAAAAGAGAGUCAAGGUGCAGAAACCACCAAACAACUUCAUUUGCUUCGACAGCGGGAAGGCGUUUCUUCGCCAAAAUGCUUCCAAAAAGCGUCUCAGAAAACAUCGAUUUCCAAAGUUGAAACCAAGCGAAAAGUUCCGUUGUGAGGUCUGCGGGAGAUGUUUCCAUUCCAACACCAAUCUCACCAUUCACUAUUUGGUCCACACAGGGGAACGGCCCAAUAAAUGCAGUUUUUGUGGAAAAGGCUUCUCCCAGAAAGGAAAUUUACAAGCUCAUGAACGCAUCCACAGAGGAGAAAGACCUUUUGGUUGUGCCACCUGCGGAAGGAGUUUCACCCAGAAAGUUAGCCUGCGUAAUCACGAACGUAUCCACAGAGGAGAACGACCUUUUACUUGUAUAACCUGCGGAAAGGGUUUCACCCAGCAAGUCACCCUCAAACAGCACCUCGUUGUCCAUGACAGAACGGGUAAACAAGUCAGGAGGAAAUCAAGGAAAAAUCACCUUGAUAUAAGUCAUAGCUUUAUGUAGCAAACGUUUUUUUGUUACUUCUAAAUUUGAGAUCGCAGUAGCUGUUUAAAGGGAAAUACAAACAGUGGAAAUGUGAGGUUGGAGCACCUUAAAAGAAUGUCUCUUUGUGUAAUACUGUAGUAGAUAGUAGCAGAAAUAUAAAGUCUGGUAUGGCUGUGUAUAACUCAGUGAUGUAGUUGUUGUCCCAUCAACUAAUCUGUUUCUUCUGUUAAACCAAAAGCACGGCCUUUAAGGUGGUCGUUUACAUCUGGGGCCCGUUCUUCGUACCUUGCUUAAUACAUCUGAGAUGAUUUGAAAGAUGCAAGAUCUUCUAAUGGUGAUAACUGAUCUCUGGCUUAUUUGGUUUUUCAAAUUAAUUCUGGAUUAAAUUGUCUAAUAUUACUGCGCGUUCUCGUGUUCCCAGAAAAGGGCAGAUGUAUCGAUUCUAGAAAACAAGAUCAGCAAUGCAGUGAUUGGUUGGCAAUCUAAUCUUGUUUACAUGAAAUAAGACUAAUCCAGAGCAGGUUUAAGUUUAGGGAUCUGUUGCUAUGACAGAAACUCCGGGAAGAGCUUCGAAGAACCAAACAAUCCAAGAUCAAGCGAUGAUGUCAAUAAUCAAAUCCAGCUAAAUGGGUUAGCGAUGUACGAAGAAGAGACCCCGGGCUAAACUUUGAAGUAUUUUGAAACAAGUCUCUUCUCCUGUCCAACGCUGCAUAAAUUUGAUGAAAACUACAGUAAUAUGUUGAAAUAUUAUUAUAAUUAACAAUAUCUGUUCCAUAUAUAAAAUAUUUGUAUUUCUGUAAAAUCAAAGAUGAAUUUUCAGUCUUCAGUAUCACAUGAUCCUUCUUAAAUCAUUCUAAUAUGCUACACUUUUAUUCUUUGAACAAUACUAAGAAAUAAUGUUUUUACAAAAAUGUAACAUUGACAUUAAAAGUAACAACUUUUAAACUUAAUGUUUCUUGUGCAGUAAAUCAACAAAUUAGAAUGAUUUCUGAAGAUUCAUGUUACACUGAAGUUUUGAGUAUGAUGCUGAAAAAAUAGCUUUGCAUCAUAAGAAUAAAAUAGAAAAGAUAUUGAAUUGUAACAAUAUUUCACAGUAUAACUGUUUUUACUGUAUUUUUUAUCAAAUAAAUGCAA